UGCAGCUAGCUCGUCCAGCAAGAAACGCAGCAGCAGCGUCCGAUCGCUCGAGCUAGCUGAGCCCAUAGCACGCCUUGUGUGUGUGUAUUGUGUUCUUCUGCUCAGCAUCAGCAGUCGAUCAGCUGCUAAUAAUAUAAUCCGUCCAGAGAUAAUCAGCCCAAGCUAAUGGACGGGAAGAAGGUGCAGGAGCGGGCGGCAUGGGGCGCCGGUGGCGACGGCGGCGGCAACCUGGUGCAGGACGCCGUGGACUACCGGGGUUGCCGGGCCGACAAGUCCAGCACGGGCGGCUGGGUGGCGGCGGCGCUUGUGCUCGGGAUCGAGCUCUGCGAGCGCCUCUCCACCAUGGGCAUCGCCGUGAACCUCGUCACGUACCUCACCGGCACCAUGCACCUCCCCAGCGCCACCGCCGCCAACGUCGUCACCGACUUCAUGGGCACCUCCUUCCUCCUCUGCCUCCUCGGCGGCUUCCUCGCAGACUCCUUCCUCGGACGCUACCUCACCAUCGCCAUCUUCGCCCUCGUCCAAGCUAUCGGCACGGGGCUCCUGGCGGUGUCCACGGAGGUGCGGCAGCUGCGGCCGCCGCCUUGCGGACCCGGCGCGGCGGGGCCGUGCGAGCAGGCGACGGGGCUCCAGAUGAGCGUGCUCUAUGUGUGCCUCUACCUCAUCGCGCUCGGCACAGGCGGGCUCAAGUCCAGCGUCUCGGGCUUCGGCACCGACCAGUUCGACGAGCGCGACGCCCGCGAGCGCGCCGCCAUGGGCCUCUUCUUCAACCGCUUCUUCUUCUUCAUCAGCGUCGGCACGCUCCUCGCCGUCACCAUCCUCGUUUACGUCCAGGACCACGUCGGCCGGAGCUGGGCCUACGGCAUCUGCACCGGCGCCAUGCUCGUCGCCAUCGCCGUCUUCCUCUCCGGCACCCGGCGCUACCGCUACAAGCGCGGCUCCGGGAGCCCCAUCGUGCAAAUCCUCCAGGUACUCGUCGCCGCCGCCCAGAAGCGGAGCAUCAAGCAGCCACUCACCGCCUCCGCGCUCUACGAGGACCGCCCCGAGCACGCCCGCAUCCCCCACACCGCCCAGUUCCCGUGCCUGGACAGGGCGGCGGUGAUGGCGGGCGACGACGACAACGAGGUGGGACGCGACGGGCGGCCGGUGCCCAACCCGUGGAAACUGUGCUCCGUGUCCCGCGUGGAGGAGGUGAAGAUGGUGGCGCGGCUCAUGCCGGUGUGGGCGACGACGAUCCUGUUCUGGACCAUCUACGCGCAGAUGAUCACUUUCUCCGUGGAGCAGGCGACCACCAUGGACCGGCGCAUGGGCCGCUUCGAGAUCCCGGCCGCCUCGCUCACCGUCUUCUUCGUCGGCGCCAUCAUGCUCACCCUCGCCGUCUACGACCGCGUCUUCGUCCCGCUCUGCCGGAGCCUCAUGACCGGCCGGCAGGGGCUCACCAACCUGGAGAAGAUCGGCAUGGGCCUGGUCCUCUCCAUCGCCGGCAUGGCCGCUGCUGCCAUCUGCGAGAAGAAGCGCCUCGCCGUCGCCGCCACCGCUGCGGGGCAACACGAGUCACUGCCCAUCAGCGUGUUCAUGCUGACGCCGCAGUUCCUGCUGGUGGGCGCCGGCGAGGCGUUCAUCUAUACGGGGCAGCUGGACUUCUUCAUCACCCGGUCGCCCAAGGGCAUGAAGACCAUGAGCACCGGCCUCUUCCUCACCACGCUCUCGCUCGGCUUCUUCCUCAGCAGCGCGCUCGUCUCCCUCGUCAAGGGCUGCACGACGUGGCUCGGCGACACCAUCAACCACAGCCGCCUCGACUACUUCUACUGGCUCCUCGCCGUGCUCAGCGUCGUCAACCUCGUUGCCUACCUCGUCUGCGCCAUGUGGACCACGCCGCCGGCCAGCAGCCAGGCGGAGCAGCCACAGAUCGCGAUGACCGCAGACGAGAAAUGCUAGCAACAUCCCUGCUACAGACCUCUAUUAUUGCACCAGUCGCUAUUAGUUGUCGACUUCAAAAUCACACAUAUACGUACUACUUGACCGCCUACACAUUUAGAGGGUUCUAUAGAUUUGAGUGUGGAUUCAGUUUCGAUGUGAUUCCUACAUGUUUAAAACCAAGUUCACCUCUGUUUACUGAAAAAUAAGAAAAAGACUUUAGAUUAAUGCAAGGCUUUCUGAUUGCUGAAAA